AAAUUUCAGUGCUAGUGGCUAAUCAUCAAACUUGGUCCUUCAUGACUAAGCGAAAGUAAAGACACCUGGCAGUUUGUGAUAAAGUGUACUAUAGAGAGAAGAGACAGAAGUUAAGCUCGUCUUUAACCUUAACCUCGUCUGUUGUUUAAGCAAGAGUUUAAUUUAAAAAAAUUAUUUGUGUUAAUAAAAAAUCAUCAUUAAUUAACAUGGAAGAUUUAGAUGACUUUUUGGAAUUUAUGGAUAUGGCAGAAGUUGCACAUACAAAAAUACCUAAGCGUUAUAUUCGAGAUCACUCAAAUCCUUUUGAAUUCUUAUAUGAGGAAGCAUUCAAAAAACGUUUCAAAUUUAGUAAAGAAGCAAUUAUGUAUUAUAUAUUGCCAAUUAUUGAAGGCAACUUAGCAAAAGAUAGUAACAGAGGUUUACCAGUACCACCUGUUUUACAACUUCUUAUGGCUCUCCGAUUUUAUGCCACUGGCAACUAUCAAGCUGUUACAGGUGACUUAAGAGGUUUCACGCAACCCACUGUAUGCAGAUGUAUUAAAGCAGUGUCAAUAGCAUUUGCAGAGAAACUUCAUGAAUAUGUACAAUUCCCUAAAACUCUAGAAGAUCAACGAAGCAACAUCAGAACAUUUUAUGAAAUAGCUGAAUUCCCAAACGUUGCUGCUUGCAUUGAUGGGACCCUGAUUAAAAUUGCCAAUCCUGACAAAGAAAUUGGAGAAAUUUUUCGCAGUAGAAAAGGCUCAUUUUCUUUAAAUAUUUUGGCUGCUGCAGGACCAAGAGGAGAAAUUUUGUAUAUUGAUGUUCGACAUCCAGGAAGCACUCAUGACAGCACUUGCUUUGAUCGCAGUGCCUUAAAACUGUUUUUCAUGGAGAACAGGAUAAAAGAUAUAAAUAUAAAACAAAAACAUUUUAAAGAAAAGUAA